UGAAUGUACCCCAUACGUGGAGAUAGUGAAAGCAACCGCAAUUUGAUUGGUCCCCACAACAUUAUUUUUUUCACCGGCGGGAGCUGUGGAGCAACCAUCACGAAAAAAGCGAGUGCAAAUGAACAGUGGAAACUCAAGAAGUGGGGAGAGUGAAUGGUCAACGAGUGUUAACUCUGCAAGGUGGUUGAUUGGAUUGUAGAUUUACCUUGGAAAUGGACAGUGACAGUGCCAAUGAUGUGCAGGCAGAGCUGGACUCUGUGGAGGCAGAGCUGGAGGUGGUGGAGCUGCAGAUAGCUGAGCUGCUGGAGAAGCAGGCUAGCCUGACCUCCAGGAGGAAACUGCUGCUCCGCAAGCUGGAGGAGGCAUGUGACUCCGCCCAGCCCUCUGGAUCCUCCUCAGGCUCUGGAUCUGGCCCUGCAAUGACCAAGCAGGAGCUGCUGCGCUAUGAGAAUGAUGAUUUCUCGUGGUCUACAGAGCUGCAGCAGAAUCUGAAGGAUGCGUUCCAGCUCUCUAAGUUUCGUUCUCUCCAGCUGAAGGCCAUCAACCUUAGUAUGUCUGGUAAAGACCUCUUCCUAGUGAUGCCCACUGGACGAGGGAAAAGCCUCUGCUAUCAGCUACCUGCAGUCUGCUCUGAGGGUUUCACUCUGGUUGUAACUCCUCUAGUUUCUCUGAUGGAGGAUCAGCUCAUGUAUUUAAAGUCCAUUGACGUUGACGCCGUCUCUCUCAACGCAUCCAGCAGUAAGGAACAUGCUAAAAUGGUCCUAGCGGGGAUGACGGACACCAAAUCGCUUUUCAAGCUGCUGUAUGUGACUCCAGAGAAGAUAGCGAAGAGCAAGCUGCUGAUGUCGAGGCUGGAGAAGGCCUACAACGCAGGAAGGCUUAGCCGUAUUGCUGUGGACGAGGUGCACUGCUGCAGCCAGUGGGGACACGACUUCAGACCUGACUACAAGCUCCUGGGGAUCCUGAAGAGGCAAUUCCCAAAGGUUCCAUUGCUAGGGCUGACUGCCACAGCAACCAGCAGUGUUCUAAAGGACUGUCAGAAGAUCCUGUGUGUCCCUGAGCCAGUCACACUCACUGCCUCCUUCAACCGCACCAACCUCUACUACGAGGUACUUCUUAAAGACUCUAACAGUGUUGAUUCAAUCAGUGACAUUUCAGCACUGAUCAAGGAGCGAUAUAAGGACCAGUCAGGGAUAGUGUACGUGUUUUCCCAGAAGGAUGCAGAAACGGUGUCAACAGACCUACAGAAGAAAGGCAUCAAUGCAUAUCCAUACCACGCUAACAUGAAUCCAGAGGACAAGUCACGGGUUCACCGCAAAUGGGCCAACAACAAGAUCCAGGUGGUGGUAGCUACUGUGGCGUUUGGGAUGGGGAUCGACAAGCCUGACGUCAGAUUUGUCAUCCAUCACACCAUCAGCAAGUCCAUAGAGAACUACUAUCAGGAGAGCGGACGAGCAGGCAGAGACGAUAAGCCGGCUGACUGCAUUGUGUACUUUGGCUUCAACGACAUCUUCAGGAUCAGCACCAUGGUUGUCAUGGAGAAUGUAGGACAACAGAAGCUGCUGACCAUGGUCGACUACUGUCAGAACGUAGACAGGUGUCGGCGCUCAGUGAUCGCUGUUCACUUUGAUGAGGUUUGGGAUAAUGAAGGAUGCAACAAGAUGUGUGAUGUCUGUCGCCGUGGCAAUGACUACAUCACGGUGGACAUCACGCAGCAUGCUAAAGAUGUGGUCCAGAUUGUGGAGCUGGCGGGCUCUCUGGACGAGAAGCUGACCCCCCUGAAGGUGACUGAGGCGUGGAUGGGGAAGGGUCCGGCCAAACGCAGGAAGAUGAUCCAGACCACCACCUUGUCUCGCCUGGAGGUGGAGGCCAUCAUCACAAGCCUAUUGCUACAGGGAUAUCUCAGUGAAGACUUCAGUUUCACUCCAUACACUACCUACUUCUACCUGAAGCUGGGUCGUAAGGCCCCAAUGCUGAAGAACCAGAGUCACUCCAUCACCAUGAAGAGGAGGAGGACAGGCCUGGAAGCAAACACGGUAAAAGUGUCCCAGGUAAAGACCAAAGCAGGAAAGAGAUCUGAUGACAAUGCUACAAACUCCCCUGUCAGCAAGAAAGUCAAGAAAGACCUCUAGUACCCUCCUGAAGAUGCCAAAGAAAAAGAGGACCAAUUAGCUGGUGGAGCUAAAGAGGUGGUGGUGACCUCCCAGUCCCCUCCUCCCGUUGCCCCCAACGACAGCAGCACUCCCCCUCCCAGACACAACAAACUGAUCAAGAUGCAUAAAGAGCAGCAGAAUCUGGCCAGGAAACGAGACGAGAACCAUGACCAGACAGAAAGCCGGACACGGGAGGACCAGAAUGACCCUGCUGCUGCCCAGCCCACUGCCAUUGAAGUAGACGUAGAGAUCAAUAUUUUAGAGAAAGUUAAUGACAGCGAAUCCCCAUUACCGCCAUCAAAACGUAAUUCUAAACCUAAAUCAACAACCCCUCAAAAGAAGCAGAGGAAACCCUGUACUGCUGCUCUUGCUUCAGUCCUAGCUCCCUCAGAAGCUGUGGUUACAGACUCUGAACACCAGAGGCCAGCAUUGGUCAACUCUCCCUCCCAGGUCUCCAUCAUCUCCGAGGCUGCAGUGGAGGAGCUCUGUGACCUGAGGAACUACUACAGCAAACAGCUGAGGCAGAUAAACGACAUUUCCCAUGAGUACUUGCAGAAUCAGGGGUGCUCAGACCCAGGGGUGCUGGCCUGUAUCAGAGAGCCACUAAAGAGCCUGCACCUCCCCCGUGGCUCAACCAUCGCCCGGACGGCACGCAACCUGUGGAACCGAGUCAGCUCCAGAAGGAAACUCAUGCAAAGAUGACCAUUGACCUUCCCUGGGACAGUUGCCGUUCAAAUAUGGACACUCCUUUAUCUCUCUUUUCCAGGUUUCACGUUGCCAGACCUAGAGCCCUAUUACUUGCAUUGAUUUUUAUUAAGUAUAUUUUGGUUCAAUUCACCCCAGAUUUUUUUAUUUUUUUUAUUUUUACAGUGUACAGCAGAUGAAUCAUAACACUUGGCUUGUAAACAAUGUUAACUUGGGGCUUGAUAUUGAUACACAAAUGUUCUUAGCCCUGCAUGAUUCAGUCAAGAGCCCCGUUUAUACCUGGUGCUAACACGUCCUAAUAUUGUCCAAAUUUUUAGACGAUUCAAAUAACUGAUUGUGAUCAGAUUUUUCAGACUGUUUCCCCGAGGUAGUCGGGGGCGAAUUGAUUGGUUGGAUGAAAGCUCGAUGGACAGGUCAAAGGGUGGAGUGUACAGGUGAGAGAAAUAAAUAAUAGCCACCUUUAGGGAGGAUGGGUUGCGACACACAAGGUUGCCAGUUCGAAUGCCAAUGCAGGUUUUGUUUUCCAACCUUACUAAUUACAAUUCUACUUGACAGAACAGCUUUGUAUAGGUAAAAUGUUUAUUGUUGUGCCCUCCCAAUUGCUUGCGCAGUAGACUAGGCACUGGGAUAGGGACCAGAACGUCACAGGUUCUAAACUUGCCAAUGCCCUUUCUCAACAAAGGUAUAUUUAAAGCCCUGGUUACACCUUGCAUUAACAUGAGGUUUUCGUGAUCAAACACAUGGAUCACACACAAGCGGGUUGACUCAUAACCCGCAAUCUGCUGUUAUAUCUGGGUUCAGGGUCAUGAAAUAGUGUGGAUGAUUGGGGGAUAAGGUUGCAUGCAGUUUGAAUAAAGAAAAAACUGCAUAAUAAAAAUUCAUAAAUUGAUAAUUAUUGUGCAAUUCAUAUCUAUAGGCUACAUUGCAAUUAAAAAAAAAUGAUUUCAUAUUUUUAUCUGGCAUUAGUGCGUAGGCCCUAAAGCGUCGGCCUAACUGUAUGCGCGAAUGUUUUGGGGGGGGAAAGUUAUCAAUCCGCCAAGGCAGAAAGGGAACUGUAAAGCGCAUUCUCUAUAUUUGCGGGUUAGGUUCGGCUCUGGGCCUCAGAGUUUCACUAUCACAUAUUAGCAAUUGCUGAUGGGUGCUGGUGAACAAACAGCUGACCCGCGCAUCACUAGUCUACACAUUUGCAGCAUCUAAACAUUGUAUUAAAAUGUGUCUCUUAAGCCUUGUUCACAUUCGCUGUUUAAAGCGACUCAAAAUAAAGAAAAAAAUGCAUAUCUGAUUUUAAACGGUUCAAAAAGCACAUUGAAUCUGAUGUUUCAAACCACCUUCGUAAGUGAUUUGAAAUAGGAUACAAAUCUGAUUUAUUUGCUCUCAAGUGGUUUUUGGACUUAUUUGGCAUAUCGUGUUACUUGCUCACUACAGUGUUGACAGUUUGGCAAGAAUAUGUGGUAGCUAACGAGCUUGUUAAUUGUUUACAAAAACAUUUGUGAAUGUGCUAGAAAGCUAAAUGGCUACCUAGCGUCUGUUCUUCCACUAUAAUUUUGAACAUUUAAAGCAACUGGGAAAUGUCCAUGGCAGGCAUUGUUGUCAGUUUAGCUUGCUACAGUACAUAACUUUGAGUGAUAGGAAGCAAGAGCAAGACCACCAAUCAGUCUGCACCACUGCGCGCACACUCGUUGUUACUAUGACAACUAGCGUAGGCAUGUUAGCGAAUGACUGCUGUAUGACCACAUUCGAUUUGGUCACUUGUAACUUGCUGUUUGGACAGUCAGUGUUCCAAAAUGUAUUUGAAAAAUAAAAGUGAUUUCAGCA